AUGGCGACUGAAACCGAUGAAGUUCCUGUGAUGACCGUGGCACCGGAAGUGGACGCUGCGGAACCGGUGAUCGACUUGUCCAUCGUCUCGGUGGAAGUGGGAAAAGCGAGGGAGGAGAUCAGCGACGCACCAAUUGGGAGUUCAAAUAUCAGCUCCCAGUUCAGGUCUGCAACCAGAUUGUCUUUUCCGGUUCCAAUGAUGGGCCCGACAAGCCGUGAAUCAGAUGUGGACCUCAAGACCGGUGGUUAA